CUCUCACUCUCUUUCUUUCUUUCCCUUCUUUCUUUGGUUCUUUCUCUCUCUUUCUCCUCCUUUCUUUUUUUCUCUCUCUUUUUUCACUCAACGGACCCAGUUUUUCCAACCUGAAGCCUGGAAACAUGAAAAAGUCUGAGAGAGAAAAACCCUGCUGCUGCAAAUGCAUAUAUCCCCGAUGUGGCUCGAUACACAUACUUUGCUCAUCCAUUCUCAUUGGAAACAUACCUGUCUCAGGUAACCUGGCUGAAUCACCUGUCCACUUUAUCUCCUUCUCACAGGCUCCAAUCUGCCUGCAAAGUCCGGUUGAUGGUCUACCAACUCCAGAACUGAUGAGUUACUAUGACGAGGAAGUCGCCAGACUGCAACAUGCGGAGGAGGGGUGCCUGUGUUCGAUCCGGGAGACUCAUUUUAGCCACACCGAGUAUCACAAUAAUGAUCUGAUGACGGAGGAUGACAUUUAUUGCUGCUCUUUAUCAAAGACGUUGUGCCAUACCUCCACUCCGGUCACCGUGGGUUUCUAUUCGCCCAGUGGAACACGUGUUCACUCCCUACUGGACCAAAUUGCAGGAUGCAUGCUCAGAGAAUCCAUCCGAAGGGAAGAAGCCGAAUUCAACAGGACUCACCAGAGGCCCCGCGUCCCCGAAGGAAUAAACUACCUGACCCUCCUCUGGUACAUUGUCUUCUACCAACCGGUCAUCACCGAGGUGCACCUCCGAAGGAAAACCAUCGAGUUCCUCUUCAUAAGAUUCAGCGCCUGGGAAUACGCAGGCAGCGACAAAUUAUGGGCUGGGUUGGUCACCACCCUGUGUGACCAUAUUCGCCACCACUUCGGACCCCUUCCCCUGAGUUUCUACCACGUGGUGGGCAGCCGCCCGCAAUUCGCCUCGGGAUUCACCCAGGAAGAGUGGAGGCUGAAAAGGAAAACGUGUUGCACCGCAGGAGGCCUUGUUGUGAUUUUGCUAGCUGGCGCAGGCCUGGCUACUACCGCCCUCCUCGUCCCAGGGAUAAGGGAUGGCACCGUCUUGAAGUACCUUGGUAGCACCUUUGCUGCCAUUUCGGGCUCAGGACUGAUCAUCGCCAUCACUCCUGUGAUUAAGCACUUGCUCAUCAGCCAGAAGAAGAAAAUCGAGAGCAUGACCAGUGAUGAGAAGUUCACCAGCCACCUGGGUUUCAUGAGUGCAGUCAAGAGCGAGAUUGAGGUCCUCACCAGCUUCAUCUACUACAUGGAGAUCUUUGAGCGUCGGCGCUUGAGGAUUGUCUUUGAGAUCACAUGUUUGGAUACGUGCUACCCAGAACGGGUGGUUGGGGUGUUGAACGCCAUCAACACGCUCCUCUCCGAUAGGAAUGCCCCCUUCAUCUUCAUCCUGGUGGUUGAUCCCUCCGUCAUCGUUUCUUGCUUGGAGCAGGCUAGCACCAUGAAGGGAAUGGCGGACAACGGCUACCUGUACCUCAACCGCACUGUGACGCUUCCCUUCUCCAUCCCGGAAAUCGGCAUCAAGUCCAAGAUGCGUUGUUUACACGAGGCCUUCCAGACUCGGGAAGACCUGAUGUACGGUAUCAUCACAAGGAACAUGGAGUUGGGAGUGACCAUGUCCAAAGGGAACGGUGGAGCACUAAUGAACAUGGAAGCAGUGGUUCAAGAAGACCAACACGAGAUCGAUGCUAUGGCCGUCCAAUAUAUCCAUGAAGCUUUUCACUACUUGCACAGUGAACAAGAUUGUCUCUACCAUUAUGUCCCAGAUAGCAUUAUCCAGAUGAGGAGAAUUGUCAACACCAUACCCAUCACAAUCAGGUUGAUGACACAACAGCACCUGUUGAGGCACAACCUUUGUCCCCGGGAAGUGGCCAGUUGGGUAGUGUUGGCCAACCAGUGGCCGUGUCGCUUGAGUUGGAUUCUCCAAUGCAUGGAAGACAAGCUGCAGUGCCAACCACCCAACGAUUAUGAGAAGACGUUGAUGUGGGACGUCUUUGUAGAAACGUGUCCUGAGCUUUACUCCAAGCAUAAGGAACUCCAGAACAUCAUGGCAUUGGAUGGCGACCCUGAACUGUUUCAGAGAUUCUUGUCCAAUGAUUUCCCCUUCACCGUACAAGAAGGGAAGAAAUUGCUGAAAUAUACUGUGAACUUAGACCAUUCCAUAAGAUAUAAAAUGGGAGAGCUGCAGGCUCUGGCGACUCUGGAGAACUACAGAAAAGGUGGAACAAGUUCAGAGAAGAAACCUUAGACAACAUGGACGCUGGGGUGAAAGCAGUUUAGCUGGGAAGAUGAGAGCAAGAAAGACAGAAAGGUGUAGAGACCAAGA